UUUGGGCCACCCUUACCUCUUGCUAUAUUAAAGGAAACCAUUUCUUCCUCCAGAGGAAUUCUCACUUCAUUGACUCACUACUUCUCCGUCUCCCUCCUUGUCUUUAACUUCAGAUUCCAACCACACCAAAACUUUCCCCAUUGUUUCCGCCAUAGCAACUGUCACACAAUGAAGUAACAAAGUCUCAUUACAGGCUUUACUUUAGCUACCAAAAAUGGGUUGUUGUGUUAGUAGUGACAACCACAACAAAGUACCUCCAACUAUAUCCAAUUCUUCACAACAGAGCGAAGAAGAGACAGUCAAAGAAGUGCUUUCUGAAACUCCAACUAUACCCAAGAAAUCCUCUCCCAUCUCAUAUUUUCCCAAUACUAUGGAACAAAAACACCUUAAAGAUCACGUUUUGAAGAAACCUAUCAUUCCUAAUUUCAACCACCACUCUCGUCAUGAUCAUGAUCUCUCGGAAGAAGUAUCCGAGAUCUGCAGCGACACCAUUUCAACUACAACAACACUAACAGAUAAACGAUAUACAACAACUGAAGAUGAUGCCACUGAAGUCCGGCAGAUGUCGCCGGCCAAGUACCGGAAUGGUUCUUUUCAGGGAGAGUUGAGAAGAAAUGUUGGGAGCUCGCCUGCGAGAAGAUCCGAUCCGUCUCCUGGUCGGGUUAGAGGCGGAAGAGAUUCUCGGGGUCCGAGGAAGGAUAACGGGGAAUGUUCUGGUAGGAGAUCGAGGUCACCGGCGAUGAGGACGGAGAAUGGAGGAUUCGGGUUGGGUAUAGGGAGGAGCCCGUCGGUGAGGAAAACGGGUAAGUCGCCGGGAAGAGUGAGAUCCGAACUGGGUGAUCGGAUCCGGAAGAUGGAGGAAAGAGAUGGGAAUGGAGAAAACAAGUGGCCACCGACAAGUGAAAAUGAAUCACUUGAAAAUCCACUUGUGUCCUUGGAAUGUUUUAUUUUUCUGUAAAAAUAAUAAUAAUGUGUUGGUAGUUUAAUGAUGUAUCUUUGGUAAAAAGUUGCUACUAUAAUGUUAGAUUUUGACAUUUACUUGA